UAUGUUGGUAUUGCUAUUGGGCAAGGUUCAACAUUUCAAACUUUGAAACUUCAAAAGUUACGUGUUUUUUUAUUUGUUUAUUUCCACUUGCAACAGUUUUAUUUUCUAAAUAAAAGAAAAUGAUAAGGUUACUGACAAAAUCCCUAAAAGGAUUAGGACAAAUACCUCCAAAGAGAUCAAUUGCAUCCCUUGCAGCACUGCCAGACACAUACCAAAUGUUGUAUAAAACUUGCCGGGAUUUCGCCGAGCAGGAAUUGAAGCCAAAUGCUGCCAAAUUUGAUAGAGAACAUUUGUAUCCAGGAGAUGCUAUUAAAAAAAUGGGAGAACUAGGUCUUAUGGCUAUAGCGACCCCUGAAGAUCUUGGAGGGUCUGGACUGGACUAUCUAGCAUAUGCAAUUGCUCUUGAAGAGAUAUCCCGUGGUUGUGCAUCAGCUGGUGUAAUAAUGUCAGUAAACAAUUCCCUAUACCUUGGUCCAUUGAUACAUUGGGGCACUGAGAAACAAAAGAAGGAAUUCGUAACACCUUUUUGUACGGGAGAUAUUGUUGGCUGCUUUGCUCUGUCAGAACCAGGAAAUGGUUCCGAUGCAGGGGCUGCUUCAACCACCGCUAAAGACUCUGGCGACAAAUGGACUUUAAAUGGCACAAAAUGCUGGAUAACAAAUGGAUAUGAGAGCAAAGCAUCUGUUGUAUUCGCCACUACAGAUAAGAGUCUGAAACAUAAAGGCAUAUCUGCAUUUAUAGUUCCGAAACCAAUUAAAGGCUUGGAGUUAGGAAAGAAAGAAGAUAAACUUGGUAUAAGGGGUUCGUCAACUUGUUCAUUGAUAUUUGAAGACUGCGUCAUUCCUAAAGAGAACAUAUUGGGAGAUCCAGGGAUGGGUUUCAAAAUUGCUAUGAUGACCCUUGAUGCUGGCAGAAUUGGGAUUGCAGCUCAGGCUCUGGGAAUAGCCCAGGCGUCAUUGGACGUAGCGGUAGAUUAUGCAUCAAAACGCACAGCAUUUGGUAAACCAAUCAUGAAGUUACAAGCAAUCCAGGGUAAGAUAGCGGACAUGGCUCUCCGGCUAGAGUCGGCGAGACUGUUAACAUGGAGGGCCGCGUGGUUAAAGGAUAAUAAGAAACCGUUUACUAAGGAAGCAGCCAUGGCCAAGCUAGCCGCUUCUGAGGCGGCUACGUUCGCGUCACAUCAAUGUAUUCAGGUGCUAGGCGGCAUGGGCUACGUAUCCGACAUGCCUGCUGAAAGACAUUACCGAGAUGCCAGAAUCACUGAAAUAUAUGAAGGUACCUCAGAGAUUCAAAGGUUGGUGAUCGCCUUACAAGUAGUCAAGGAAUAUGGACUUUAACGCGGAAAUUCCUCAUAUUUGUUGUAUUUGUACGAGUUUUUGGAAGACUUUUGAAAUUUCUUUUACACUUAUAUAUCAAAUAAGAACCUUUGUACUCAUAAAUUUGAAACAAGCCUAUAUUUAAGAAAAAUGUUUUAUUAAGGUAGCUUAUACUUUACUAAAGAUUUGAUAUCUUUAAACUUAUCUUAUUUUUCGCCAUAAAUUCCGAGUUUUAAUUUUUUUUCGUGAAUCUUCAUGUAUUUUUAAUAAAACAAUCGCUUUAGUGCGAAAGCAAACAAAACGUAAUAAAAAAGUCAACAUACUACAUAAUAACAUAUGUUUCACUGAUCGAUUUUCUUUAUGGACAAGUAGGCGAUCAGCCUUCUGUGUACUGCCAGACAUUUUUUUUAUUGUCCCCACCGGGAUCGAACCCAGGACCCGUCGGUUCUACGCUCACGCGUUUACCACUACACCAAGGAGGCGGUCAUACAAAACGUAAUAAGUAUUUGCUAUUAUUAAUGAUUAUCUUUUUCACAAAAAACAAAUCUUUUUACAACCCACUUUUUAUGCAACUAGAAUAAGGUAUUAAGAUCAUUUUUGUAGCAUUAUAUUUUAAGUGUAUGGAGAUUAUAUUCUUGUAAAAUAUUUAUCAAUCUAUUGAUUGAAGAAGGCUAUAUACGUAGCACGGGCGAAGCCGGGCGGACCUCUAGUGUAUUAUAUUUUAACAAUAACAUACCAACGUUUUGGUUAGCUAUCCUAGUUUAGUAAAAAAUAAA